AUGACUCUCGCGCGCACCUGUAUUCCAUCGAGCGCAGCUCUCUCUAAAUCCCUUCUCAGUGACAAAUGCAACACCCCACCUGCACAACCCACCUCCUUCCGCCUUACUCCUAGAGCCGACGCCUCCCCGUCCUCACGAUCCGUCGCCACGAACGCCAUGGCGAUAGCGAUGCCGGCGCCGACUUCCUCCGACUAUUACUCUGGUUACCCGACUGAGUCUCUCCCGCCGACCCCGGUCUUCCCGUCAAACCAGGCGAUGUCGCAGUUUCUGCAGUCUUACGGUCGCAUGCUGCAGCACGUUCAGGCCAACGGUCGCAACGAGCAAGCCGGCGACGCUCUGGUGUCCGGCGACUCUCUCGCAGCAGCGGGUGCGACGGUGGUCGAGCGCGUUCACCUUGGCCUCAACGCGCUACUCGGUCACCCCGUUCACGGUGUGCAAGGAGGACAGAGGUGGUGCGAGAAGGAGAUGCAGGUCGAGCGGUGCUUAGCCGAACUCGAGAAGGACAUCGACGGCAUGCGAUCGGCCCACGAGCGACCUCCACGUGCCGCUACUCUCACCCUCGCCACCGCUCACUGCUACGAAGCCGCUCGCCUCAUUCGCACCCUUUGA